ACUGAAGAGUACAAGAAGAGAUCUUCACGCGGGAUCCUGCGCGCCAAGGUAUUUAUUUAUUUUCGUUCGUGGGGCCAAGGAGUUCGACUUUCGCCUGAAUGAAAGAGCCGCGAGAUAUGGCGGGGUCGUUGGAGAUGGAGGGGCGGCGGAUCUGGAUAAAUACCGGCUAAAUUGAUUCGCCCAUCUGCCCCGCCAAAACUGACCUUCUGUCCGUCUGGGAAAAUAAUCAACAGGAAAAUAAAUACAUAUAUAGACCCCCCUAAUUUCCCAUGUAAGUUCAUCUCGGGGUACGAAACCAAGAAAACUCGUCGAAGAUACCAAAAAAUCACACCACUAUCCCCAAAACCAGAGAAAUCAUGUCGGACAAACCACUUAUCACCUCGAUGUACACGGCUGAUCCGUCCGCCCACGCAUUCGAAGGCAAGAUCUACGUCUACCCUUCCCACGACCGCGAGACCGACAUCCAAUUCAACGACAAUGGCGACCAAUACGACAUGGCCGAUUACCACGUCUUCUCCAUGGACUCCAUCACCGGUCCCGUGACCGACCACGGCGUGGCACUCAAGAUGGAGGAUAUCCCCUGGGUCUCCAAGCAACUCUGGGCUCCUGAUGCUGCUACCAAGAACGGGAAAUACUACCUCUACUUCCCGGCAAGAGACAAGGAGGGCAUCUUCCGCAUUGGUGUUGCUGUGAGCGACGUCCCACACGGUCCCUUCAAGCCGGAGCCUACCCCAAUCGCUGGCAGCUUCACCAUUGACCCUGCGAGCUUUGUCGAUGAUGAUGGAGAGGCUUACCUCUACUUUGGUGGUCUCUGGGGCGGCCAGCUUCAGUGCUGGGAAACGGGCACAUUUGAUGCCUCGAAGUCGGGACCACAGGAGCCGUCGGGUGAUGUUCCCGCUCUGCUGCCACGUGUGGGGCGCUUGACCGAUGAUAUGUUGAACUUCGCCGACGACGUUAAGGAGCUCUCAAUUGUCGAUGCGGAGGGGAAGCCAAUCAUGGCUGAUGAUCAUGACCGUCGCUUCUUCGAGGCGGCAUGGAUGCACAAGUACAAUGGAAAGUACUACUUCUCCUAUUCGACAGGUGACACUCACUACAUCGUGUACGCGACAGGAGACAGCCCUCUUGGGCCAUUCACUUAUCAGGGCCGGAUUUUGGAGCCAGUUGUGGGGUGGACGACACAUCAUUCUAUUGUUGAGUUCCAGGAUAAGUGGUACCUGUUUUACCACGACAGCUCGCUGUCGGGUGGUGUUAGCCACUUGAGGAGUGUCAAGGCGAGGGAGAUUGUGUAUGAUGCAGAGGGAAAGAUCAGCCUUGCUGGUUCUUCGUAGAUUAGAGAUGUUUGAUAAUGGAAUAUGUUGUAAAAUGAGAACAAGCUGCUCCGUUGCGCUCAUUAUUGUCGUGCUGCCCCAUUUUCUACCUUCCUGGCCAUUCAAAGAUCUAACCUUGACAGAAGACGAUCGUCCAUAUAUUAAAUUUAUGGUGCACCGGGG